CAACGGCUCUUUGUACAAAGUAUCUCGCAUCAGCACAGCGCCUCGGCAGGACACUCUGACGCUUCAAGUGCGCAUUGGUUCACGUCAGAGACGACACAUGGCGAGCACGAGGCAACGCGCGAUGAGAAAGAAACGCUGCCUCGUGUCCUCGUGCAGUUGAAGCUCGUUCAGUGCGUCGCCAUUUUCCGGAAGCGGCAACAGUCCCAGUCGGAAAGAAGGUAACCCUGAUUCACUGAAGCCGCACGCGAUCGACAGAGGCACGGAAUUCAACAUUUUCUUGGCCAGAGGACCAGCAGGGGCUGAGCAUCGCCUAAUGGCAAGACGUGCUGGCGCUGCCGGAGCCGCUGCGAAGGGGCACGAGGAGCGAGAACGUUCGAGGCGUCUUCGCGACAAGCUAGGCGAACCUGAAGCUUCUUUGCUGGGUGCUGCUGUAACUCCACCCGUCCAGAGCCACGGAGGGCUACCUCGGCGUUCUCGGCAGCGGAAACUAUCUCCGUCAGCGCAUUAUCAACGAGCUGCGGGAAUCCAGUUCACCGCAUUCAUCGAGGCCAUUGCCAGCGACGGCGACCAGCAGCUGCAGCUUUGGAUCCUGCUUCUCAAGAAGGCUGAGUGGCGCCUUCUUCGGCAACAAGGACGACCUGCGUCAGCGCACCACCAGCGUACAGAAGCCCGCACUACCACGCUUCAGCCUCCGGAGCCAUCGACCCACCGAGCCAGGGGCCCGACCGCUGUGGUCCUUACAAGAGGAUUUGUGCAGGGUCGGGUCCGCAGCGACUUCCACGAGCCCGCACCUUGCUGUGAGCUACUAUUCACCCGGAUGGCGAAACGACGUCACCGGUCGCCGCUCGCUGCCCCUGCCGCACGGUCGCUCUUUGUUGAGCGCGAACGCCCCACGAUUGGUGGCGCUACUGUGCAGCUCGUCUGUAUGCGCUCACGCCAAGGCCGCCUGCGAGGUCAUCGAAUAGCAAAGCGCAAGCGCGGCUGCCUACUUUUCGGCUGCGCUACUCGGCCUUUUGCCGUUUCUGCUGGUGACAUCGGGACCGCUUUCGACAACAGCUGCGUGGGCGUCGCGCUGGUCUGCGCUGCUGCAGCCGCACUCCUCCAGGACGACGCAGAAGGUGCGCAGUCGAAGAAUGGCGACGCUGUUGAGGCCCUGCCAGUGGUUGCACUUCUGGCCCAGCAGCCCGGCGAGCUGGGCGAGCAUCUGCUGCUGGCCCUGGGUCUCGGCCUGCUCUGCCAGCGGCAUCGACGGAACUAUGUCUGCAGCCACCGCCUCCAAGCAGCAAGCCACAGAGGCCUCUGCAAGAAGAUCCUGGCAGCAGUCCAAGCGUGCACGCCGCUCAUUAUGGAGAGCUUCGAGCUUUAUCUUGUCAACGAGACCCCUGGCUGCUUGCGAGUGAAGAAAAUGAUACAGUCUCUCCAGUUCCUUUGCGGUGUCCUCGCUGCAGCCCUUCACCGCACUGACGGCCAUGGUUACCUGCUUCUUCCAAUUCUCUUUGACAUGGCUGGUGCGGACGACGGUCUCGCUGUCACGAGUCCGGCUGCAUACACUUGCAGCACCUUUGGAGCAUAUGACACGAGGUCAAGGCCGGCCUGGCAACCUUGCUGGCCAAGGGGAGGUGGUCUGUAAAUCUGUAAAUAGUCUCCUUCGGUCAUAGCGUAAGACUGAAUUUUAAGAAAAAUUAACAUUUCGCCCAAUAAAUAUAGUUAAUUCAA